AUGGCUAAUCGAAGGAUCUUCACAUCCUUCUCCGACCUGCGACCGGAAUAUGACUUCGCAAUCAUUGGUGCUGGGAUUGGUGGUAGCAUGUUGGCCAAUCGUCUCAGCGAGGACCCUUCCGCUACCGUUCUCGUUGUAGAGGCUGGCGGCAAUGAAUCCGGCAAUACCCAGAUGCAAGUGCCCUUUAUGGGUGUACGACUGACCGGGGGCUCUGCAGACUGGAAGUAUGUCACAACUGCUCAAGAAAGCAUGUCAAGCCGCAAGAUAGCUUGCGCCAGGGGAAAGGCUCUCGGAGGCACCACUCGUAUACACUUAAUCUUAAUGACGUGGAAUAACGGCGGGGCAGAGGUGUGGGAUCGUUGGGCAAAGAUCACGAAAGAUGACGGCUGGGGCUGGGACGUCGCGAAGCAUUACUACAAAAAAGCAUACGCUUGUCGCCUCGUUCCUCCCGUAGAUGGACGUGACAUACAUGGCUUUGUUGAAGCGUCCGUGCACGGGGAGGGUCCCGUAGCGGUUAGCGUCCCCGGCCAACCCACACCGCUCGACAAGCUAGUAUUUGGUGCUGCUGAGGAAUUGGGCAGAACUUGGAGCUUCAACACCGACUUCAACGCCGGGACUUUUCUUGGCACAAGCUAUAUGCAGUCGUCGAUUGGUGAAGGAGAGCGCAGCGAUGCUGCCUCCGCGUACCUGUACUCCGCUGCCAUCCGCCCGAAUGUAGAUAUUCUAACCAACACCUACGUCACCAAACUUGUGCCUGCACCUGGUAGUCAACCGUCGGACUUCCGCACGGUCGAGUUGGCACAAACCCGAGAUGGCCCCAAACGUAUUGUUACGGCGAGAAAGGAAGUUCUCCUUACAGCCGGUGUCAUCGGCUCGCCCCAAAUACUACAACUCUCCGGCAUUGGGUGUCGCAAAAUCCAAAGUUGCCUCAUGAGAUAG